CAGCUGCAAAACCGCUGGGAUUAGUAGUUUAUUUCCACUUCCCCUCUGUGUGUAAUGGCUGCCUGCUACAAGCAAAAACACACUUGGCUGCAUGUGACCAUCCUCUGAGUAUCGCAACCCAAAGCAUGGAUGCUGAGUUCUUGGGAUGCGGCAUACAUGUGAAGUUCUGUCUGAGGCGCUGGUAAUAAUUCUGCUCUGCACAACUCCAGGGACAAAUGUCUCUGGGGAGAGAUGACUGCGCCUCCACAAGGUUUUUAUGAAUCUGACAAACAUUGCUGGGCUUAGACUGUGGUGUGACCUGUGACACCGUCAGAGAUCCAAGAUGGUGGCAUUUAAUUGGAGGGUUUUGGAGAAUUUUCCACUGCUGAUGUACAUUUUGGCAGCUAAAACUUUAAUUCUGUGCUUAGCAUUUGCUGGAGUAAAAAUUUAUCAGAGUAAAAAAAUUGAAGCAAAAAUGAAAAAAGAACGUGAGGCGAAGCUUAAAAAAGAAGUGGAGAAGAAGGAAGAUUGAAGAGUCUUAUAAGAUUUCCUGACAUUCGGCAGCUUAUGUGGCUCAUUUCCCAGGAGGAUGAAGACUUCCCUCUGAUGGAAUGAUGUGUCCAAGAAAUAAACCACCCCCAAGCAGCAUUCACUCACCCUGCACCCUGACUUUUUGUACAUGUAAUGAGAAAAUCCAUCCUCUAUUUGUACAAAAAAAAGUUCUUCUGUA